GACCACUCCCACUCAGGACUCUUCAUCAUCAACAUCCCACUGUCGUCAAUCGUUAUAUCACUAAAAUGUCAUCAGCACUCACAACAUCAGUUUUCAUACUUCCCUUUGCUGUCUACAAAGAGCGCACGCCCUCAGCCGCAGUCAUCGCCGCCGAUUCUACAGCAACAACACUGCAGUUAUUUUGUCCUGACGAAGUCUCAGCAGAAUGCAAGUCAUCUGGGUACAACAACACCAUCGUAGUAGGACCGUGGGGAGGAAAAACUGUUCCAGCUGGCGCAGCUUCAACUGGCACGUUUCAUUGGAUGUUAGGUUUGAAUGAUCUGGGCGGCGUCAGUUCUGUUGAGUGCCUUGUGAGCAGCGGCACGCCUCAGACUUGUACGACUAUGCUGCUGCCGAAGGAAACUGGAGAAGACGGAAUUACGGAAACCGCUACUGGCUUUGGAAGUAUCACGAAGGAGUUUGGGCUGAAGUUUGAUACGCUGCCGAUCGUCAUCACCAAGGGUCAGGACCUGCUUGAAGCGGCAUCUCAAGUUACAACGACGAAAGAUUCUAGUGCUACCCAAGCUACUGGAAGUGAAACUGAGGUUAGCAGUACCGAAGCUAUGGCAACUAGCACUUCAACUGAUGUUGCGGCACCAAAGGAAACCAACGGGGCUGGAUCAAGUGCUGUCCGUAUGUUGGGUGCCAUAUUUAUGGCUGGACUAGCCUCAUUCAUUGUGCAAUUUUGAUGGUUAUAAUAAUUUCACGGUUUCUUCAUCGAAAAUUGCGCCAAUACAAAUACUUGCCAUGUAUUUGUUGAAAUGAAUGUAUGUUUAUGGUCAAAAGUUGACGUUUUCCACUAGUAAAGUCUGAUGUUAAAAAUAAAAAAGCA